AUGUUAGAACGGCUCACCUUGAACAUUUCAGACGUGCAAGAAUGGAUUGAAAAGGUGAAGGGCCCUGCAGCACCGCCAGAUGCGAUCACCACAAGUCGCUAUUUCGACCACCCGCUGCAGCGCGGAGAUCCCCUUCUGCUCUUGGCGGUGUUCAUAGUACUGAUCCUGAAGCUGCUCGGUCAGGUGCCGCGAACGACUUGUAACUUCGCAUUGCAGAUGUUGAAGGUUUUGCUGGACACUGCGCUGCGCCAAGGCACACGGUCAUUAUCCUACCGUGAGGAGCAGAUUUUAGAUCAUUUCCCCCGCGACAUUCGUGGCGUGCGGAAAGCCUUCGAUUUGGAGGCUGUUGUCAUAGUUUACGCAACUUGUCCGUCAUGCUGCUGCACAUAUGCGCCUUCAUAUCAAGACGAUAUACCUGUUUAUCCGAGUCGUUGUCAGCAUCGCAGCAGCCCACGCAGCAAACCUUGCAACUCACGAUUGACGACUACUCGCGUUCUGGAUGGCGAAAGCGUUCGCUCUCCUAUACGCCCUUUCGUCAUUCAAGACUUCCAUGCAUUUGUGGGUGGGCUUAUCAGCCGACCGGGGAUGGAGGAGAUCCUCCGACAGGGGAAGGCAAUACGAGAUCGCUACAAUCUAUGCGACAUCACCGAUGGAUCCGCCGUCGCCGACAUGCAGGGACCGGACGGAAAACCCUUCGCCGAUGCAGCUGAGGGCGAGUUACGCUUACUUUGGGCCCUUUCGGUGGACUGGUUCAACCCAUAUCUCAACAAAAUCGCAGGGUUGUCGAUUUCGACGGGGUCGAUGGCUAUGUCGUGUUUAUAUCUUCCGCCGAGCAUGCGAUACAAAACCGAUAAUCUAUAUCUCGCGGGCAUUAUUCCCGGACCCAAGGAGCCCAAGCUCGAGCGCACUAAUCACUUCCUCCGCCCGCUGGUCGACCAACUGUUAGUCUCCUGGGAGCGCGGCAUUUGGUACAACAGAACUUACGACUAUCCUCGCGGUCGCCGUGUACGCUCAGCGCUCGCCCUCGUCAUCACUGACUUGCCAGGAUCUCGUAAGGUUGGCGGAUUAGCCAGCCAUAGCGCAGGGUGCUUUUGCUCGCAGUGCCAUUUGAAGAAGCAGAGUAUCAAUAACAUUGACAUGACGACUUGGAAGAUGAAAACGGCUGAAGAGAUCUUGGAAGCCGCUGUCCGCUGGCACGACGCUGACACGCAGGAAGAGCGAAAACACAUUUUUAAGGAGUUUGGCGUUCGAUGGUCCGAACUUAAUCGCCUACCAUAUUGGGAUCCCAUUCGGCGCAUAGUCAUCGACGGGAUGCAUAACAUCUUUCUCGGAGUAACCCAGUUCCACAGCAGAAAAGUGAUUGGAAUGGACGUACCUAUAGGGGACUGUGAGGAUGCUGGAAACUCGCGCAAAAUCAAGGAGAACGACUUGAUCAGCCUUCGAUGCCUCCUGCUGAAGGACCCCGAGCCUCGCUUGUUGUUGCGCUUCAAUAAAGUCACCCUGGGACACAUGUGCGGGGAGCUCAGCUUCUGGUUACCUCGCCCUGUUCACGAGAUGAAAAAAUCGGUGCUCGCCGAUGUGUUGACUCGGCGAACGGGUUACACACAGACGCAUGCGACCAUUGCUGUUUGGAUUCGCCCUUCCGCUUCUGCUACAGACCGCGCCCCACUGACAAGCACCCCCGAUACUGCAGAGCUUGCACCUCAGACUCUGAUCGGAGAAGCGUACACAGCAGAAUGUGCAGCUGAACAUGCAGCCACAGCGAAGCUUGCAGACAGACAGGAUGAAGUUGACAGCUUGUCAAUACGGGCUUUUCGCAAAUGA